CAACAAUGAAAAUGGCCUCGAAUAAUGCACCAUGGGCGGAUGCGCCAUUUGCAUUAAUCCCCACCCCAGGCGACGGCCAAGACCUUAACAGACUCCACGAAGCAGUUUUCCUCGCCCGAGAAAUGGCAUGCGCACACAACGGUAUGCUCCGAAGCUUGAAUUCCAUCUACCAACAAUGCGUGCACGUCUCAGAAUCCCAGGAUAUCCUUGACCUGCUGCAAUACUCCAAGUUCUGGUGCGCAUGGUUAGAAGAGCACCACGAAGCGGAAGAAAAGUGGUACUUCCCAGACAUUGAGAGGAUCACGGGAGUGGAGGAUUUGAUGGCCGGAAUGGUGACGCAGCAUAAGGAUUUCAUGCCAGGGCUGGAGGAGCUGACGAAGUACGUUAAUGAGACGACGGUGGAAGCAUACGAUGGAAGGGAGUUGAGGAGGAUUGUGGACGACUUUGGUGCUAUUUUGACAAAGCAUCUGACAGAGGAAGUUGAGGUACUAGCGGCAUUGGAAGUGCACGACGGCCCGGCACUUAAGCAUGCUUACUUGGAGUUCGACAAAGAGCUGAGGAAAGGAGACAAGUCCGUACUCUUUCCAAUGGUCUUAGGUUCCACAGAUCGUACAUACGAAAAGGGACCUAUGUGGCCACCAGUCCCAGACUUCUUGAAAUACGUUGUUCAUUACUGGUUCGAACGGAAGUAUCAAGGAGCUUGGCGAUUCAGCCCAUCAACGACAUGGGGAGAAAAGAGGCCUUUGUUAUGUUUGGGCGAGUCCUAGGCGUGAGCUAUGUAAGGUUUCACCCCUCGGUCAGUCUUUUUGGGGGGGUUUGUAUAUGAUAGUUAGU